CUGCUUCCGGCCCUUUCCGCCGCCGUGCCGGCGCGGCCUCAGCCUCCAGCCGGGAAGUGGAGAGCCACAGCAGUCAUGGCAAUGUUCGAGCAGAUGAGAGCGAACGUGGGCAAGUUGCUCAAGGGUAUCGACAGGUACAAUCCUGAGAACCUGGCCACCCUGGAGCGUUAUGUGGAGACCCAGGCCAAGGAGAAUGCCUACGACCUGGAGGCCAACCUCGCUGUCCUAAAGCUGUACCAGUUCAACCCAGCCUUCUUUCAGACCACGGUCACGGCCCAGAUCCUGCUGAAGGCCCUCACCAAUUUGCCCCACACCGACUUCACCCUGUGCAAGUGCAUGAUUGACCAAGCACAUCAAGAAGAGCGGCCCAUCCGACAGAUUCUCUACCUCGGUGACCUGCUGGAGACUUGCCACUUCCAGGCCUUCUGGCAAGCCUUGGAAGAAAACAUGGACCUCUUGGAAGGCAUCAUGGGCUUUGAAGAUUCUGUCCGCAAGUUCAUCUGCCACGUGGUGGGCAUCACGUACCAGCACAUUGACCGCUGGCUGCUGGCCGAGAUGCUUGGGGAUCUGACAGACAGCCAGCUGAAGGUGUGGAUGAGCAAAUACGGCUGGAGUGCCUACGAGUCGGGCCAGAUCUUCAUCUGCAGUCAGGAGGAGAGCAUCAAGCCCAAGAACAUCGUGGAGAAGAUUGACUUUGACAGCGUAUCCAGCAUCAUGGCCUCCUCCCAGUAACCACAACCCUUUAAUAAAGCUUUGUGAACUGA